AUGGACAGAAAUUGGCAUCGUCAUGUUAUCAAGUACCUGUCGGAAAAGGGUUCAGCCCCCAACGACAUUUAUACUGACAAGGUUGUUACAUUAAGGGAUGACACUCCAGGAUUACCAACAGUGCAAAAGGAGGCACUUGAAUUUAAGAGAAAAUGGGAGAGUCUUGGACGUUCUGCAACUGUCACCACCGAGGAAAACAUUGAUUGUGUUCAUCCCAUGGUGAUCAAUGAGAGGCAAUUGACUAUAGAUAAAAUAUCCAAUGCUGUUAGUAUAUCCUAUGAGAGAGUUGAGAAUAUUCUGCUCAAUGAGCUUGACAUGACGAAGGUUUAUCUCAGUGGGUGCCUGUUGUGUGACGCCCCAGACGAUGAAGUAGGCUAG